AUGGAAGGGAACAGAACUAAUUGCAAUAAAGUAGACACCAUAAACAUACAUUUUACUGAUUUUGGUACAUGGCCUUUAAAUAUUACAGAUACACAAAGAACAUAUUUAGUGAAAAUGAGGUACAAUUAUUCUGAAAUUCAUGAUUUUAGAAAUUCGGAAAGAGACGGUAGAAAUGUUAAGUCUGACUGGUUUUUUAAGAUACUUAUGAAUGGAAAAAAAUUAAAAAGAACAUGGCUCAGCUAUUCUUUAUAUAAAAAUGCACUUUUUUGUGUACCUUGUAAAUUGUUUACUAAAAUAGAAAACUCAUCCAAAAUAUCAAAAUUAGCAUAUACUGGCUUAACAAAUUGGAAAAAAGCUACGGAAAAAAUUCCAUUACAUGAAAAUUCACCAAUACAUAAAAAAAAUGUGUGUUCUUGGACUUCAUUGGAAAUAGCAUUGAAUCACUGCGAGGGUAUUGACACAGAAUUGCAAAAUUCUAUAAGAAAAGAAGAAGGUCACUGGAAAUCCGUUUUAUUGGCAAUUAUAGACAUUAUAAUGCAUCUAGCAAUGGACGGAAGUGCGUUUCGAGGAUCUAAUGAAAUUAUUUCUAGUGUGGGAACAUCAAACCGAAGUGGAAAGUUUUUAAAUUGGGUGCAUGUAAAAACUUUGAAUAAUAUGGUUUUGAAUACAAUUUUUUGA